UGCCCCACGCGAGAUCCUUUCAAUUACGCGAAUGCGCCAUUUUGGAUCAUUGAGGUUGUGUGCGAGUGUGUAUUGUUGGUUUUCCCGUUUUUGUGUACGCUCGUCUUAGGAUGAUAUCUAAAUGGAUAUCGUGGAUUAUACUGACGCAAGUCUCCGGCUAAUAAAGGGAAUUCAACGUUUGCUGAGAGAUUGGAAGCUGAUCAUACUGAUGUUGUUCCGGCUUACAUCAUACGCAGAUUCCAGCGACCAAUUAGAGACAGUGACCAAAUGCCUAGGGGAGAAUGCUUCAUUUACCUGGGAUUAUGAAGUCCAGCCAUUCAUUGCAAUCGAAUGGUUUUUUGAGAAUACACAAAUUGCUGAGACAUCUGAACCAUCGUUUUCAGGGGAUGUACUCCAUAUCAACGAAAAGUACAAUCAUCGUUUCGUCCUGCAAAGUCCCGGCAAUGUUGGAUUUAACAUAACACAUGUGACGAAGAAUGACGAAGGCGAUUACAGAUGCGUCUUGACCUUGAAAAGCACUGCUAUCCCGAAGGCGUUGAAAAAGAAGUUACGAGUUGAAGAGCAGUCUACGACUGCUAUCCCCACUGAUUACAGUUCAACGAAGAUCAUCCCUGAAGAAACUGUGCCAAACGCUCAGCCAAUUGAUGUCGGCAUCAUCAUCGGCAUCAUCAUCGGCAUCAUCAUCGUCGUCAUCAUCAUCGCUAUUAUAGUCUAUCGACAUAAAAGAAAUACCCCAUGUCCUAGGAAGGAACAACCGAGACCAAAACGGGAAAACAACUUGCUGACUUGCCUGUUUAAAAGAUCAAGUCAUACAACAGUUGACACCAGCAGCGAUGAUGAAACCUAAACAUGCCUGUAGCCAACUCUGUCAUCCAUAUCUGUCGGAGCAUUCUGUAUGGCGUUAUACCUAGUAUUACUUCUAACAGCGGUCCACGAAUAGCAAGUGUUAGUUUCAAGCAUACUCUCCGUUUGCGUGUAGUUUGGUGUUGUAGAUUGCUUACAAUUUUACGAGCGCUUCCGGUACAAAACAUCCGAGUUCGGGGCGCCCUGCUAAUGUUAGAGUUGGUGAGGAUGAAUAAAGACAGCAGGAUAUCCAUGACAAACCUUAAGAUGGAUGCUGCUGGAAUUAUUGGUGUCAUUUGGAUGAGUGGGCUAUUGGUUGUCAGUAGUGGGAGGAAAUGUAGUAACAUCUAUGUAAUUUGAGCCAGCUGCUUUGUAAGAGUAUUAUUAAUCUUAAUUUCAGGUUCUGUUUUAAUAGGUUAUUUACAAGGAUUGUAGAAUAUGAUAGUUAUCAAAGACAAGAAUAGCUCUAAGUAUGUCCUAGUUUAUCAUGUAAUUGAUGAUUUAGAUGUACUGGACUCCCUUCAUCUUUGAAGGAUGAUCUCUUCAUAUUACAUUUAACAUUAAACUUUUAUGUUGAUACCAGCAUACAUUACAUAAGCCCAAUCUACCUUGAUAUGUCCUGAAAGGUAACUUCGUGGAUUUGCAGUUACAAGACUGUAUGUAAAACUGUAUGGCCAAUGCAGAUUUUCUGCCAGCAUUGGUUCUGUAGCAGUGCCUGUCUCUGGACAGGUACAAAAUCUAGGAGUGUAUUUUGAUUCAAGUAUGAACAAGCAGGUCACCCAUGUGUGCAAGUUGGCAUCCCUCCAUCUUCAUCACAUCGAUAAGCUUAGGCGUUAUAUUUCAGUGGAUCCAGCAAGAACGCUGGUAUGAGCUCUUGUCAUCUUCCGCCUAGAUUAUGCAGAUUCUUUGCUGUAACGUAUCUCAUCAUCACCAUCACAAAGUCUUCAGGUUAUCCAAAACCACAGCAUCCAGAAUCGUGACAAGAUGCUCACGUAAACAACACAUCUGUCCAGUAAUCCGAGAACUUCACUGGCUUCCUGUUGCUGACAAAAUUCAUUUCAAACUUAUCACUCUUUACAAGUGUUUGAAGACUGACUCAGCUCCUUCAUAUCUAUCAUCACUCCUCCAAAGUCACAUUCCAUCCCAACUCACAGAUCUCAGGACAAAGACUUACUCAUCAGACCUAAACCAAGAACAAAAUAUGGCGUCGCUCGUUCCAGUGUGCGUCAUCUGUGCUUUGGAACAAUCUUCCAAUACAAAUCAAGCCUGCAUCCAGUCGCCAAGCUUUCUGCAAGGAACUAAAGGCACACCUUUUUUCUUCCACAUAAACUGCUUCAUGUACUUUGUUUAAUCGCCUGUGAGACGCCAAGGUGGAACUCGGCGCUAUAUAAAUAGAUUAUUUGUUUUCCCAGCCGAAAGCCCUCUUGUAAUCGUUGGAUGUAUUAUUUUUAACUCCAUAGAAAACACAAAAAACAGUAUUCCAUAGCCCUAAUAACCAAGGGCAGUUAAUCCAAAAACAAGUACAGUUCAACUCAAUUUCAAUUCAAUUUCUUUAUUCAGCAUAAAGGCCACAGGCCCAUGUACAAAUAAAUAUUGACAUAUAGAAUAUACAUAUUGGUGCAACAUUAAACAAGUAUUACACAUGGAAUGAACGUCAUACAAUAGCCUCUUUAAUGUAUUUACAGCAUUGAAGUAAAUCAGUGAGUUUGCCUGAGGUUAUAUGCUUGAAUAACUGAAAUUUACAAUAUAUAUUUGGAAUGUGUUGUUGUCUGAUAUCAUCAUAUAUUGGACAUGAUAGCAAAAAUGUAAUUCGGUUUCAAUGAUGUUCUUACAAAAAGGACAAAAUCUAAAACUAUUACCAAUGUACUAUUACUUUUUUUCCAAUAUUCACCAUGAUAUUUAAUUCUCCAAUUCUUGAUAGUGAUAACAUUCUUCUUAGUUCUUUACAAGUGAUUUUUAAAAUAUAUGAUUCAAUAACAAAUGCUGUUUUGAAUGACGAAUAAAAUUCUAAAUGUUUAUAAUCAUUAACUUGCGAAUGCCAUGUUUGUAUAUAACAAUCUUUAACUCUUUGUGAAAACCCACAUAUAAAAUGAAUCAGUAUGAGCAACAGAUUGAUUUUCCCAUACAAAACCCAAACCAUAUAAAUACAAAAUAUUCUUAAUGUUAGUAGCCCAUAUAACUCUUCCUAGUUGAUCUAAUCUAUAUAUGAUAUUAUAACAUUGUCUAGGAUAUCUUUAUUUGACAUAGUGGUUAGAUGACACCAAUAUUUCAAACAAUGUACAUAAGUCUCACAAUACAAUUUAUAGCGUCCACAUUCACCCCAAAUAGCAACAUUUGUACAAGAUUUCCCGACACCAAGGAAAUAUUUACACAAUUUAGUUUGUAUGGCUUCUACAACAUUCCAAUGUGGGUUCCUCACAUUUCUGAACAAUAAAAUAAUAUUGGUUAUAUUUGCAUAUCAAACAUUUGAAACAAUAUUGGUAAAGGAAGGGAGUUAAGUUUAAUGUGUGAUUGCUUUAUGGGAAUAAGAGCUUUAUUAGCUUUCUGGACUUAAGUUUUCACACAUUUUGACCGUGAUAAUCGGUUUGAAAAUACAACACCUAAAUAACUAUAAUAUGUUCAUAUCUUUAUAUGUACAUCUUACUAAAACCAUUUUUCAACAUUUUUAAGUUUUCCAGCAUUUUGGAAAACUAAUAUUUCAGUUUUAUCAAAGUUAACUUUACAAAAAGAAGAUAAAACAUUAAUUUUUCUUUGCAAACCAAUAACUGAGUCAUCAAAUAUACAUAGAUUAUCAGCAUACAACAAUAAAAACAGAUAAUUAAAAUCUUCUUCGACAAAUAUACCUCUACCGCCAUACGUCUGUAAUGAGUCUUCCAAUUGAUUGAUAAACAUAGAAAAUAAAAGAGGACUCAAAACGCAACCUUGUCUAACUCCACUAAGACAUUAGAACAAAUCUGAUAAAGAAAAGUUUUCAAGUUUCACACAAGCAAUCGUUUUUGCAUAAAUAUCACGUAUCAUAUUCAACAUCUUUCCAUGUAUACAAUUUGUAGAUAAAACAUGCCAUAGCCAAUCUCUAUUCACCGAAUCAAAAGCCUUUUGAAAAUCAACAUAUAUACAGUACAGUGAUUACAUGUGUCUGCUGCUGUAUGAUCUUGACAUUUUAUGUUCUUGGAUGCAUUUUGCUAUUGUUUAGGAUGCAUGUCUUCAAAUCCUACUCCUUUGAACAAAUUGGAUGAAAUGCUUCCGACUUUGUACGAUUUGUCUCCAUGCUCCAUACAUCAAGCUGUCGUAAGCGUUUUUGGAUAUCUGUUUUUGUUACGGCUCUAUUAGAUUUAAUUCUGAUUGCUUUUGUGCUCAUAAACUUUACUUUAAUAUCAUAUUUUGUAAGGUUCUUUAUAGAAAAUAUUAAAAGUUUGCUUGAAGUUUC